AUGGGAAAAACAAGAAGAUUUCUCUCAAAGUUCAUCAAGCCUAAACUCCCCUUCUUCAUUCACAAAUCCAAAAGCUCUAACACUCAUUCAUUCAGAACCCCAGAAGAAGUCAAAGAAGAAGAAGUAGAAGAAGUCAAAGAGAUUCCCACUUCCAACUUUCCUACUUCCAUCUCCAAAGAAGCAUGUUUCAAAGCUGAAACCAUUCAAGAAGUACAAGAAGAAGAAGAAGAAGAGGAAGAAGAGGAAGAUGGAAGUGAGAUUGGGAAGUCCAGUUCAUCAUCAGUUUCUGAAUUCUUUUCAUGCACUUCUAGUGUUUGUGAUGACUUCCAUUCAUGUUCCUCAUUCCAUGAACUCUUAACUGAAGCAAACAACACACGCAACUCAGUUUCAUCAGUUUCAGAAUAUUUUUCAUCACUUGAGGAAGUGGGAUCAAAACAACAACUCAAUAAUCUUAAUGUUGAUGCAGGUGAGGUUUCUCAGAGGUUUUUCUUCUUGCCAAGCAGUUCCAAAUCAAUAAUAGAGAAGAGCACAAGUGCUAGUGUAACAAUGGCAUUGUGUUCAGAUGAUCCAUAUUGGGAUUUCAGGAGCUCAAUGGAGGCAAUGGUGGAAGAUCACAAACUGAGAGAUCAUUGGCCACAUUUGCUUGAACUUCUUAAUUGUUAUAUGAAGCUCAAUGAGAAGAGAAAUCAUAGGAUCAUUUUGAUUGCUUUCAUGGACUUGAUUCUUCAACUCUCUGCUCAAGACUCUUGA